GUGAGAAUGGUUUCGGAGAAAUAGAUCCGUACCACGACAAAGAGCGCUUCUGUGUGAGGAUUUAAGGCCCAAACUGGACUAGGAGAAACUGGACUACACAGCUCACCGGUCCGGACCUCUGUGCGUCAAAGCGCACCUGCACCGUCCGAGCUCAGAUUUGAAAUGAACCCCUUGAAUUUCUGCGGGACGUCCAGCAGCGGUGGUGGUGUGUUUCCCUUCCACGGAGUGAACUCCAUGCUGUUCGACCUGCGCCACCAGAUGGCGGAGCAGUACCGCAUGUACUCUGCCGCGAGCCCCGCAGUACACACCCUAUCUGUGGCCGAGAGACUGGCAGAGCUUAUUCUGGAGGCUCGGUAUGGAAACCAACAGAAGCAGCGCCGCAGCCGCACAGCCUUCACAGUAUCGCAGCUGCAGGCUCUGGAGAAAGCCUUCCAGCAGACACAGUACCCUGACGUGAGCAUGAGGGAGAGACUGGCUGUCUGCAUCAACCUGCCAGAGGCUCGCAUUCAGGUGUGGUUCAAGAACAGGAGGGCAAAGUACCGUAAAGGUCACAGGUGCUCCCCGCUCUCCAGAGACCAGAAUGUGGAGGAGGCACCACACUGCAGCAUGAUGGGACAGGAGGAAGCGAGGACCGGAGACAAACAGGACACUUCCACAUCACACACUGACAGAAACAAUCCUGCUCUUCAUUGCUGUCUUCCUCCUCCUUGUGUGGAUAAAAGCAGGGAUGUUUGUCCGCCUCUCACUCCUACAGACUCUGAUAUUUCACGGUGCUCCCGCCACCUUCACUCCCCUCCACUCUUCCCCUUCAGGGAGUGCUAUAGCCAGCCUCCUCACCAGCCGCUUGUAGGAGUGCUGUCCACGGAGCUGGCCCUCCCCCCGGUGUUCUGGCCCAUCUUACAGCAGCACAGCUCUGCCCUCGGGGUCCAUCCACCCUCAGUUACUAAAAACUGUAGCCUAUCCCUUCAGACUGCAUGCUCUACUAAAGCUCCUCACCCUCACCUGGGGCUGUAAAUGUACACCUGUUCACCUGCAGCCUGACAUCUCUGCUCCUGUGUGGGGAGAGCCAUGGUGGAGAAGCACUUACUGCCUUGUUACUGUAAGCCUGACAGAAUAGUUAUUUUUUUUUAGAGAGUUUUAUUGAAUCUGUUUAAAGGGAAUACAGUCACCUAUUUCCAGGUCUUAGUUAAGUCUGCUUUUAUCAGUAUCAACUGUGAUGUGAAUUUGCAUCAACAAAACUGUUCUUUAAUCAUCACAAGCAGC